AUGAAAACGCUUGUCAGUUGCUGAUCCAUCUCUCCCCCAUAGUCCGUAUUACUCUUAUUUCUCCCAUAUUCUCCCUUCUCCACACCGUGACUCGCACUCUCCCAACCCCUUCCCUUUGUCGGGUGUCCUGUUUGUGUCCUCUUUUGCUCCGUCGGUCUUUACUAUAUUCUAUUUGUUUCUUUUCUCUCUUGGGUUCCCUAGAUUGGUGCUCUGCAUAGAGGGUAGACUUUUUUCUUUUCUAUUUCGUUAUGACCAUGACAGGCGUGAAGGAAGCUGUCAAAGAGUCCUUGGUCGGCACUACCGUCGACGAGCCGUCCCUGUCCAAGCAGGUCAAGGCCAACUUCAUCAAGCACGCCCGCAAGGAUGAGGCCACUGGUGAGCUGUACAUGACUGAAGCAGACUUCGUCGACGCGAUCGCUCCCAAACAUGAAGAUUACCAUAAAAUCAAGCGUGAACACUACGGAAUCCUCUUCAGAGUCGCAGACAGUCGCCGGACCGGCCGAAUCAACAUUCACGAAUGGGCUACCUUCGAGAACCUGCUUGCGAAACCUGACGCCGAAUACGAGAUCGCCUUCCGACUUUUCGAUACUGACGGAACGGGGACGGUCAAGUGGGAGACCUUCCAGAAGCUAUACAAUGAGAACAAGACGAAAGACAGCAUACCCUUUGAUUGGAACUCCGAGUGGGCGGCGUUGUAUACAGGGAAGAAGAAGACCCGGCAUGAUAUGACAUACCCCCAGUUCGCGCAGAUGCUUCGAGGCCUGCAAGGCGAGCGCAUCCGACAAGCCUUCCAUGUGUUUGACAAGGACGGCGACGGGUACAUCGAGCCGGAGGAAUUCCAGCGUAUCAUCCUUGAGACGUCGAGACACAAGCUGUCGGACUAUGUGCUGGAGCAUCUUCCGAGCCUGUGCAACAUCUCCGCGGGAACGAAGAUUUCGUAUGCCACCGUGCGUGCCUUCCAGAAUGUUAUGCGGGAGAUGGACAUGAUUGAUUUAAUUAUUCGCGAGGCGACGGAUAAGAGUGAGGAUGGUAAGAUCACGCGCUCGGAUUUCCUGAACGCCGCGGCGCGUCUGACGCGGUUUUCGCUGUUCACGCCGAUGGAGGCGGAUAUCCUGUUCCACUUUGCUGGGCUUGACGCGCCGUCUGGGCGUCUUUCCCAAAAGGAUUUCUCCAAGGUCAUUGAUGCCUCAUGGCGCAUUCCUGUUGCCGCCGCCGAGCAGGCUAUUACCACUGCUUCCGGUGCUGCGCACAAGGCCGCUGAUGCCGGGAAAUCCAUGCUUCACGGUGUCUUGGAGUCUGUCCACCAUUUCGCUCUUGGCAGUUUGGCUGGUGCUUUUGGCGCGUUCAUGGUCUACCCCAUUGACCUUGUCAAGACGCGUAUGCAGAACCAGCGAUCCAGCCGUGUUGGUGAGAGACUGUACAAUAACUCGAUUGACUGCGCGCGCAAGGUCAUCCGGAACGAGGGUUUCACCGGUCUGUACUCGGGUGUUAUUCCUCAGCUGAUCGGUGUUGCUCCGGAGAAGGCGAUCAAGCUCACCGUCAACGAUCUCGUCCGUGGAUAUUUCGCUGGCAAGCAGAACGGCAAGCUCAAGACCUGGCAGGAGGUUCUCGCUGGUGGUUCCGCGGGCGCUUGCCAAGUUGUCUUCACUAACCCCCUUGAGAUCGUCAAGAUUCGCCUUCAAGUCCAAGGUGAAAUUGCGAAAAACGCCGGCGUGGAAGGUGCUGCGCCUCGCCGCUCCGCCCUCUGGAUUGUCAGGAACCUCGGUCUCGUCGGCCUUUACAAGGGCGCCAGUGCCUGUCUCCUCCGUGACGUCCCCUUCUCCGCCAUCUACUUUCCCACCUACUCGCAUCUGAAAUCCGACUUCUUCGGCGAGUCCCGCACACACAAGCUCGGCGUGGUGCAGCUGCUAACUGCUGGCGCUAUUGCUGGUAUGCCCGCCGCGUACCUGACGACACCCUGUGACGUAAUCAAGACCCGGCUGCAGGUCGAAGCGCGCAAGGGCGAAAAGGCAUACACCGGUCUCCGCCAUGCCGCUGUCACAAUAUUUAGGGACGAGGGUUUCAAGGCGUUCUUCAAGGGCGGACCAGCUCGUAUCUUGCGUUCGUCGCCGCAAUUUGGCUUCACGCUCGCUGCGUACGAGGUUCUGCAGAAGUGGCUGCCUAUGCCGGGGUCUGAACAUGAUGUUUCACCGACGGGUCAGGUGGAGCCUGGUGUGGGCGUUCCAGUUGCCAAGGAGCCGCUGCCUUAUCUGAGGAGCAGAAAUGCGCUCAAGCUUAUUCUGGAUCUCGACGAGAAUAUUGGCCGCCUGCCGAUCCCCGAUAAGGAGCGGUGGCCGAAGUUCAUGAGGCCUGCUGCAGGUGCUGAAAAAUAA